AUGUUAAUACCGACGUGUUUGAUAAAACUCUGUGAGUUGAUGUUAACAGUGGCAUGUCUAACACUGCACCACUACAGUUAUGACCUGACAGACGUGCCAACACUCAUGCUAUGCUCAGGCACAUACGUCGGCUAUGUAGUCGUGCUCUCCGGGGAGAUUGUCGGAGAGGCGGUUUCAGCGGCGGCGGACGCCUACGUGGACGCGUGGUGGUCGUCAAGCGGCAGUGUGCUCUUCGCAGCCUGCGGGGGCCUCACGCUACACUCCUGGAAAGAGGUGCCAGUCCACAACCGCAAGAGCUAUGCCCAAGCCGCCGCCAUAUGCGCCCUCGCGAACGCCUCGUUGCUUCUCAUUGACGCGCUCAUCGCGAUCUGCUCGGCGCACAAGGAAGAAGGCAGCACGCGCACCAAAUGUCCCAAGAGUGCUACUCCGUGUUAAUUC